CCUCCUCCUCCUGGAAGGCCAGCGCUUCUCCCUGCCCUGUGACGCCAUCCUGCUGGAGGGAAGCUGCGUGGUCAACGAGGGGAUGCUCACAGGUGAGAGCGUCCCGGUCUCCAAGACCCCCCUGCCCCACUUCGACAACACCCUGCCCUGGAAGGUCUGCGGGAUGGGCGAUUAUCGGCGCCACGUCCUCUUCUGUGGCACGGAGGUCAUCCAGACCAGGCGGGCAGGCCCAGGGCCGGUCCGGGCGGUGGUUCUGCAAACAGGCUUCAACACCGCCAAGGGAGACCUGGUGAGGUCCAUCCUUUACCCCAAGCCCCUCAACUUCCAGCUCUACCAGCAAGCCUUCAAGUUCAUCGUGGGCCUGGCUGUGAUUGGCAUCCUGGGCAUGAUCUAUGCCAUCUGCGUGUAUGUGAUCCAGAAGGUGGGUCCCAGAAACACGGUGGCCAUGGCGCUCCUGCUGCUGACCAUCCCGGUGCCCCCCGUCAUCCCAGCGGCCUUGACCACCAGCAUCAUCUACGCCCAACGGAGGCUGACCAGGAAGAAGAUCUUCUGCAUCAGCCCCCAGAGGAUCAACAUCUGCGGCCAGAUCAACCUGGUCUGCUUUGAUAAGACAGGGACCCUGACCGAGGAUGGGCUGGACCUCUGGGGCGCCCUCCCUUGCCAAGGCCAGAGUUUCCAGAGCGUGCACAGCUUCUCGGGGGCCCCGUUGCCCUGGGGGCCCCUCUGCAGAGCCAUGGCGACCUGCCACUCCCUUUUGCUGCUGGACGGGAGGCUCCAGGGAGACCCCCUGGACCUGAAGAUGUUUGAGGGCACAAACUGGGAGAUGGAGGAGCACCGGCCGGCCGAGGGCACAGCCAGCCUCCCCGAGUCCUGCCUCCUUGUGAAGCCGGGCCCUGCUGCUUCCCCAGCGCCCGUGGAAGGAAUCCUAAUCCUGCACCAGUUUCCCUUCUCCUCCUCGUUGCUGAGGAUGUCGGUCAUCACGCAGGAGUGUGGGAAGAGCGGCUUUGAGCUCUCCAUGAAGGGAGCCCCCGAGACGGUGGCCAGCUUUUGCGAAGAGAGGACCGUGCCAGCUGUCUUCCAGGCUGAGCUGAAGCACUUCACGGCUCAGGGCUACCGAGUCAUCGGCCUGGCCCACAAGAAGAUGGAGCUCCCCCAAGGAGUGGUCUUCAGUGACCUGGAGAGGGAGGAGCUGGAGUCCGGCCUGACCUUCCUGGGACUGCUGGUCAUGGAGAACCGCCUGAAGAGCGAGACCCGGCCGGUCCUGCAGGAGCUCAGCCAGGCCCGCAUCCGGAGCGUGAUGGGUUCUGAGGAGGGUGGUAGUGGAGGGAGCAGAGAUGAUAAUGGUGGCUCCCUUCUGGCCGCGCCGACCCUGGUUGGCAGACCUAGUGGAGCUAUCCACAGCCCCGCACUGGAGAAUUCCAGCGGGGGAGGUGGCCCUGCAUCAGGGGUCUCUGGAGCAUCCGGACCCGGAGUGGCUUCAUCUGACCGUCUGGCGAUUGAGCAGGAACAAUUAAGGGAGGCCCAAUAUUCCGAAAGUGUCAUCAGGACGGUAGAGGCAUCCAGGAGGCAGUCCACAACACGCAUUUACAACGCCUCCUGGGUGGCCUUUGCAGACUGGUGCCGAGCUAAAGGCCUCUGCCCAGCUGCAGCCUCGGCCCCACAGGUCCUGGACUUCCUCCAGGAGGGCCAUGAGAAGGGCCUGGCCACCAGUACUCUUAGACGCCAAGUUUCCUCUCUCUCUACGGUUCUGGGGAUGUGUGUGAACGCUCCUCCAUUGUCCCAACAUCCGGUGCUGAAGCAGUUCCUCAAAGGGGCGACGAAUCUGAAACCCUCUGUGGUCCAUCGAUUCCCCACCUGGGACCUGCCCACGGUCCUCCAGGCCCUGACUGAAGCACCAUUUGAACCCUUGAGAGAGGUCUCCCUCCAGCUACUGACCUUUAAGGUCAUUUUUCUCGUCGCUAUCACUUCAGCCAGAAGAGUCUUGGAGAUCAACGCUCUCUCCAGCAGGGCGGACCUUUGCACCUUCCUAGAUAACAGGGUCAUCCUCAGACUUGACCCCUCCUUCAUGCCCAAGGUCAACUCCCCCUUCCACAGGGCCCUGGAGAUCAUCCUGCUGGACUUCUGUCCCCAUCCCUCAGGGGAAAGGGAGAAAUGGUGGCAUAAACUGGACGUCAGAAGAGCCCUGCACAUAUACCUGAAGCGCACGGCGUCCUUUAGGCGUUCAGAGGCCCUCUUCGUGUCUAUCGACCGUCCUCCUGGGGAGCCAAGGUCUCCCCGGCCACCAUAA